AGAACAUAGUGUUGUUCGGGCCAUAUGAAAGAGGAACCACACAAAUCCCAUAAUCGCCCCGAACAACACUAUGUUUUGUCCUUAUAAUAGUGGAGAAAACCUUUCCUCGUUCAUUUUUAUACCUAAGCUUAAAUUCUAAAUAUCUCCCUCUAGGCAAGCCAAGGGCCGCUAACAUUUUAACCUUAUUAGUUUGACGUUGAGAGCUUGUAUUUGACCCGAACAUGUGUCACUUUUUCAAUGGACAACACAAACACCUCCAUUGUAAGUAAUUAAAUCUCGAUAUCUAUGAUGUUCCUAUCAAAAGUUAUUUUGAAAGCCAGUAGAGCACAUGACAUUUUGUAAUCGAUGAUCGCUAAUAGAGAAAUAUUAUUCUUUCGAAGUUUUCCAUUGAUAAUACUAAUGAUAGACAUAAGAUGUAGAAUAUUCAUUUUUCUUUUAAUGAAUUUCUAUAUAUAAAUUCUUUCUAUUUUAAUAGAGAUCUGAUUGUAUUCAUGGUGUUGUCUUCGAUAGUCUUGAAACAUCAUUUCUUGCUAAUUGUGCACAAGCAGCAGUUGCAGUUCUUAAAGCAAUUAAUAAUCGUUCACAUAUUUAUGCAAUAAUAACAAAUUUUUCUUAUUCUAAAUACAAAGAAGCUCAAGCUCGAGCUGAUGAAAUUCGACGUUUUGAAGAACAACAACGAGAACAAAAUGAAAAUGAGUAUGUGGAAGAAAUGGGUGAAGAUGAAUAUGAUGCAUUACCCGAAGAAGAAAGACAACGUAUUGAUCAAAAACGAUUACAACGAAAAAAAGAUCGUAUUCUUAAAGAACAACGAAAUAAAGAAGAAAAAGCUCGAUUAGAACAAGAACGUUUAUUAUUAAAAGAAGCUGAAUUACAAAAAAAACAAAAAAAACCCGGUUCAAAUCCAACAGCAGCAGGCAAAGGUGGAAUACCACCUCCGAGUGGAAGUGAAAAAGGUACUUCAGCAGCUACAGCUGCAACAGCUGCAGCUAAUGCUGCUGGUGGAAAAACAAGUGCUCGACCAACAUUAAUUAGUGCACGAGGUCCACCAGUUUCUGAUCGACCUAAUGCAAAAGUUGAAGGAACAAAUAGUGAAGAAAAUGAAAAAAAAAAGACAACUAAAAGUGAUUCAAAAUCUGCUAAAGAAACUAUGGUUAAAGAAGAUGUGGAUAGUUCAAAUAUUUUAGCUAAAGCAUCAGUUACAAGUGAUGGUGAUGAUGAAAAAGAAAAGAAAAAAGAUCGAGAAUUAUUAGUCAAAUUUAAAACAUUUGAAUUUUAUCGUAAUGAAUUACUUAAUGCAUUUGAUUUAUGGGAUCGAACAAAAGGUAUAACACGAAGUCCACCAACACCAACAAAUCAAUCUGAAGAAGAACAUACAUCUGGUGCAAUGGGAGCUACGACUGCUAUGAAAAAACCAAUACAAAAGAAAGAUAAAGGUAAAAGACCUGAUGCAAAAGAUAGAGAAAAAUCUGAAAGAACAGAUGAUGGUGGUCAAGGAGGUACACCUAAUCAACAACAACUUGCGAGUACAACACCAACAAAUCUCGAUGAAAGUGGACAACCAAUCAAAGAUGAUUCAAAGAAACAAUCACCUUCAGGAACAGAUGAAGUCAUUAAUAUUCCAACAAUUCAAAUUGAUACACCUGUAGAUUAUAGUUCAAAUCAACCAUUACCAUCGGAAUUAUUGGAUUCAAUUAAAAAUCGUUUACCAACUUUAGAUCAAGUACUUGAUGGAAUGGGUCAAGGUCCACAUGGUCCACCUGUUCCUAGACCGUUUGAAUUUUCUGUUGUUCCAUUUCCUGAACCACGUACUAAUCCGCCUUGUGCUGAGUAUGGUCAAUAUUUUUUUGUUGCUACACAUGAAAAUGAUCCAAAUUUAUAUCCAGAAGAUGGUAAAUCAAAAGAUGGUAAAACACCAGAACCAACAUAUAUUGCUGAUGAUGGUGAUGGAAAAGAUGCUGGAGGAAAAGGAAGACGUAGUCGAGGUGAUCGGGAAUCUAUGACAGCUAAACGUAAGACAAGUGGUGGACCCAGUGGUAGUACUGAAGGUAAAUCAACAGCACGUGUAACAACAAAAGCAGCCAGUCGCUUUGGUGGAAAACAAUCACCAACACAUCAUUCUUCUGAUGGACAAGAUGCAACAAGUGAAUCAAGUCUUGAAAAACUUUUACCAAGAAUUGUUCGAUUUCGUUGGAUUAUUCCUGCUAAUGGUGAAAUUCGUGUUCGUCUUCGUUUUAUCUCUGGUGAAGUUGGACAAUUUGAUCAAACAAUAUCUUUUGAAAUUGUUGGUACAAAACGAAAUUAUAAAAUAUUCUGUCGAGGUGUAUGUACUUUUCCAUCAAUAAGUCGAGAACCUCGAACUGUUUUUCCUAAUCGACAAAAAACACGUAAACCAAAUGAAAUUGUUCAUAAAAAAUUUAUUCUUUCAACUGAACAAUAUGAUUUUGGUCCAUUAGUACUUGGAAAAGAUAUAAAUAAAAUACGUACUGGUAAUUAUCCAAAUAAUAUUGAAUCAUUAAUAAUUGAUAAUACAUCACCAAUGGAUGUUGAAGCUCUAUUUUGUUUCUUAAAUGAAGUUGAACCAGCAAAAGCAGCAUUCUUUCUUGAACCAAGUGAAAUGCAUUUAAAAUCAGGAGAAUCAAAAACACUUAAAAUAAUGGCUAAUCCACCAAGAGAAGGUCAUUUUGAAGAUUCACUUGUUUGUUGUAUUAAAGAAAAUCCUGAACCAAUUGUUUAUAAAUUAUGUUGUGAUGGUUGUACACCUGAAUUACAAAUUGAACCAACAUCAUUCGAUUUUGGUCAAGUAUUACUUUAUAGAUAA